UUGGAGGUGAGCUGUUCUGCUGCCCCAGAUCAGUCACGGCCACCACAUUAUUAUUAAGUAAAAAGAUCAAAAUUACAUUUGACCAGAGAUCUCUUGUACUACAGUAGUUACUUCUUUUACCAUACACUAAUCCACCCACACACACUCAGAGUAUCAAAGGCUUUGACCUGUGCCCUGAGUAAUCCUUACUCCUGGCAGAUGCUUGACCACAGAUUUAGCAUUUAGCAGAGGAUUUAACAACAGGACGUAAUGUACAGCUUCACUCGACUCUUGCUGAUUCUGUGUGGAAUGCCCAGAAAGACACCGCGAGGACAAAGGGCUCUUCCCACAGUGCCAAGUGAAGAUGCAGCUGUGCCAAAACACAAGAAGAAGAGGGUGAAAAAGCAGGCUAGCGAAGCACUUGACACAGACGAUCAGGGAAUGGAGAUGGAUGGCCUGGGCAGCAGAAGGACCUCUCAGAUCGGUGACCAUCUUUCACUUGAAACUGCGACAGAUGCACUCCCUCAGAGGAAGAAAAAGAAGAAAAAGACAGCAACUAUAGAUGACCAAGCUGACCUGGUGAAUGGGGUCGCAGUGGAUCAGACCACUGAUGAAGAACUGGUUAAAAAAAGCAAAAAGAAAAAGAAAUCAAAAGUUGUGGAAUCGUCACUUCCUGAUGAACUGGAUGUAGAGGAGGAUGACAUUAUCACUGACAUGGCAUCUCAUAUACAACAACAUUCCCUGUUCUCUGCCCCACAAGGACAGAGUCAGCCAGUCGGAAAGGUCUUCAUAGAGCGGAACAAGCGCUUCCAGGCAGCAGAGCGGUCAAACUGGAGGAAGACUAGUGACCAGAUGGAAAACCUCAACGACUUCCAGCCCAUGCAGCCUCGCUGGACCACCAGAGAUGUUUCUAUCAGGGUGCAUGAGAGCUUCAGGAUUUUCGCUCUUUACUGUCACGGCUUCCUGGCAGGAUUUGCAGUAUGGAACAUAGUUGUGGUGUUCGUGUUAGCUGGGCAGCACCUCACAGCUUUGUCCAACCUACUGGAGCAAUACAACUGCCUGGCUUACCCAUCACAGUGUCUGUUUUACAUGCUGCUGGCCAUCAGCACCGUGGCUGCUUUUGACAGAGUCAACCUAGCCAAGAGCUCCAUGGCGCUGCAGGAGUUGAUCACACUGGAACCAGUGGCUCUCGCUUCAUUUUUGUAUUUCUUAGCGUUGGUGCUCUCCCUCAGCCAACAGAUGACAAGUGAUCGCAUCAACUUCUACCCAGACACCAAUGCGACAUUAUGGUUAUCGGGUUCGGAGCAUCAAAUUCUCCAGUCUUGGGUGAGAGUCAACCUUGUGGUGGCACUGUUGGUGGGCCUGGCCUGGAUCUUCAUCGCCAUCCGACCUGAGACGGAUUAUACUGGAAGUGAGAGAUUGAGGAGAUCCAGUAAUAAUAUUAUAUGGAUUUGUCUUACUCUCUUUCUUUUCCUCAGGUUAUCUGAUUACCAUGCAAAUUGAGCCCCACCAGAAAGAUGACAAAUCAGAAAUGAGCGCCUGACUAUCACAGACUGAUACUAUACACCUGUCAUUUUUGCACGUUUUUGCUCUGUAUUGAUACAAAUCUGAAUGUAUUGUGCAUUUUUUUGUAUCCUUCAUUUGUAAAUGUGCUCGUCUUUUGAAUAUACUUUACAAUUUCAUCCAUUAAAGCUUUCUGCAUUCAAGGAGUAGGUCGAUAUAUGGUUUUACUUCCUCCUAUUAUUUUUUGAACAUGCAAACUGUGCCGAACGAAGAUAUCUUUUGUACGGUGGAUUUGAAACGUCUGUAAUUAAAGUGUUGCCUAUUGGUAGGGAUACGUCAGUGGUUCAGCCAUAUUGAAUGUGUCAGUUUUACUUGUAUCGAGUGGCACACACACUAGAAUCACACACCCUGGAUCUCAGUUUAUCAAGGUUUAAUUCUCUGGGCGUGGAAUUAGCCCCUCCUUGGGGGCACCCGGGAGAUGGCCUUUCCUCAUGACCAUAUUUCCCUGCUGGUGUCUCUACUCUCGUCAAUCUUCCCCCUCCCUGGGGCCCUUUGCUGUGAUAAUGAAAAACAGUUCUCUUUGAAGACCUGGCCCCGGUUGUAAACCUCAGACAGGUUUCUGUCAAGGACGAGCAGGAAACCCCAAUAUCCAUAUAACUGGUUUAAGGAUGUCCUUUGAUGUAGAAGUACAAAGAGAAGAUAGUUGGAGUGAAUACAGGUCUCCCACCAUUUGUCCUGUGCAAAGGAACUCUGAUUGUGUUACUAUUAAAAUAUACUACAGUUUGUUUUGUUGCCCUUAAAAUAAUUUGUUUUCCAAUUGAUGUGUACAAGUUAUAGUAUAUGUAUAUCCUUCUGACUACCAGAGGAAAAAAAAUAUCCAAUCACCAUUUUUUUUUUUAUGUA